AUGAAGGUAGGAGUGAUUGAGACCCAUCACUCUCAUGUGACUGUUCCCAGUGUGGUAGUGCAAGAUACAAGUGAGGACCCUGGGCCAAUGGUCAAAUGGGGAAACAGGUAUCAUAUAACUGUUAUUUUGCUGUUCCCUAGGCAAUGGUAUCUACCUGGUGCACUUGCACGCUACAACAUUAACAACAAUAGUAAUAAAGAUGAAGAGAAGAAAAAGAAAAAAGAAAAGAAGAGCAAGUCAGAAAAAAAUAAGGAUGGAGGAACACAAAAGAAGGAAAAAAAGGAGAAAACCAAAAAUAAAGAUAAGUCCAAGAAGAAAGAAAAUAAAGAGGAGAAGAAGAAAGAUAUUUUCAUUAUAGAUCCAGCAGGAAAUGUGUAUUACAACUGGUUGUUCUGCAUCACAAUGCCUGUCAUGUACAACUGGACCAUGAUUAUUGCUAGAGCCUGUUUUGAUGAGCUUCAGCACGACUAUUUAGUGGCAUGGUUUAUUAUUGAUUACAUUUCUGAUGCCAUCUAUGUUGCUGACAUGUUUGUACGGACAAGAACAGGUUACCUGGAGCAAGGUCUUCUGGUGAAAGAAGAACAAAAGCUUCAAGAGAAAUAUAAGGCAUCUUUCCAAUUCAAAUUAGAUUUUCUGUCAAUCAUACCAACUGAUCUCUUAUACUUUAAGUUAGGACUGAAUUACCCAGAAUUAAGAAUAAACAGACUACUGAGAGUAGCUCGGAUGUUUGAAUUCUUCCAGCGAACAGAAACAAGGACAAACUACCCAAAUAUCUUCAGAAUCUCUAACCUUGUCAUGUACAUUGUGAUUAUUAUCCACUGGAACGCCUGCGUGUACUACUCAAUCUCAAAAGCCAUUGGAUUUGGGGCUGACACAUGGGUCUACCCCAACAUCUCCGAUCCUGAAUUUGCCCGUCUGACUAGAAAGUAUGUCUACAGUCUCUACUGGUCAACAUUGACGCUAACUACUAUCGGGGAAACACCUCCUCCUGUAAGAGAUUCUGAGUAUUUCUUCGUGGUAAUUGACUUCUUGGUUGGAGUAUUGAUUUUUGCUACCAUCGUUGGUAACGUGGGCUCUAUGAUCUCCAACAUGAAUGCUGCCAGGGCAGAGUUUCAAGCAAGGAUUGAUGCUAUCAAGCAGUAUAUGCACUUUCGGAACGUGAGUAAAGACAUGGAAAAAAGAGUUAUAAAGUGGUUUGACUACCUGUGGACAAAUAAAAAGGCUGUGGAUGAAAGGGAAGUCUUGAAGUAUCUGCCAGAUAAACUAAGAGCAGAGAUUGCAAUCAAUGUUCACCUGGAAACACUAAAAAAAGUUCGAAUUUUUGCAGACUGUGAAGCUGGUCUGUUGGUUGAACUGGUUUUGAAGCUCCAGCCUCAAGUAUACAGUCCCGGAGAUUAUAUUUGCAGAAAAGGAGAUAUUGGGCGAGAGAUGUACAUUAUCAAAGAAGGCAAGCUGGCAGUAGUCGCUGAUGAUGGAAUUACCCAGUUUGUGGUCCUUAGUGAUGGCAGCUAUUUUGGAGAAAUCAGCAUUCUUAAUAUCAAAGGUAGCAAAGCUGGCAAUCGAAGAACAGCCAAUAUUAGAAGUAUUGGAUACUCGGACUUGUUUUGUCUGUCGAAAGAUGAUCUCAUGGAGGCUUUAACAGAGUAUCCAGAUGCAAAGGCUAUGCUGGAAGAAAAAGGCAAGCAAAUCCUAAUGAAAGAUGGGUUGCUCGACAUUGAAAUUGCAAAUUUAGGAAGUGAUCCUAAAGAUCUGGAAGAGAAGGUCACCUACAUGGAAAGAGCAAUGGACAGAUUGCAAACAAAGUUUGCCAGGUUGUUGGCUGAGUAUGAAGCUGCACAACAGAAACUGAAAAAAAGGCUUACACAAAUUGAGAAAAUAUUGAAGCCAGUUAUAGAGCAAGAAUUCACAGACUUAGGAGAAGCAGAUCCAUCCACAGAUAAACCUGGAGUGUCAAAACCAGAAUAA